GGCGCCACCGAGCGCGGACCUCCCGCGCAUCCUAGAGCGCCCGCGCGGGUUGCGGCUGGCGGCGCACUUCCGUCCGCGUGUAUUGUAUCCCCGCGGACGGCUGGGCCUGGGUGCUGGCCUGUGCCUCCCUCGCCUCCUGGCGCGGGCCUCGGGGAGAGGGGUGGAAGAUGUCUAUGGAUGUGACGUUUCUGGGGACGGGUGCAGCAUACCCAUCUCCAACCCGGGGUGCCUCUGCUGUGGUCCUUCGGUGUGAGGGCGAGUGCUGGCUCUUUGACUGUGGGGAGGGAACACAGACACAGCUUAUGAAAAGCCAACUUAAAGCAGGAAGAAUUACCAAGAUCUUCAUCACACAUCUUCAUGGAGACCAUUUCUUUGGCCUUCCUGGGCUCCUCUGCACAAUCAGCCUGCAGAGUGGCUCCAUUGUGUCCAAACAGCCUAUUGAAAUCUAUGGCCCUGUAGGGCUUCGGGACUUUAUCUGGCGAACCAUGGAACUCUCUCACACAGAGCUGGUCUUCCAUUAUGUGGUUCACGAACUGGUUCCCACAGCAGAUCAAUGUCCUGCAGAAGAACUAAAAGAAUUUAUACCUGUGAAUAGAGCAGGCAGUCCUCCCAAAGAGGAACAAGGAAGAACUAUCCUACUAGACUCAGAAGAAAACUCAUACCUUCUGUUUGAUGAUGAACAGUUUGUUGUAAAAGCAUUUCGCCUCUUUCACAGAAUUCCCUCAUUUGGGUUUUCAGUUUUGGAAAAGAAACGCCCAGGUAAACUCAAUGCACAGAAACUAAAAGACCUCGGUGUUCCACCAGGUCCUGCCUAUGGGAAGCUGAAAAAUGGAAUUUCCGUUGUUCUGGAAAAUGGGGUUAUAAUUUCUCCCCAAGAUGUCUUAAAAAAGCCUAUUGUUGGAAGAAAAAUCUGCAUAUUGGGGGACUGCUCUGGGGUUGUGGGUGAUGAAGGAGUAAAGCUGUGCUUUGAAGCAGACCUGUUGAUCCAUGAAGCAACCCUGGAUGAUGCCCAGAUGGACAAAGCGAAGGAGCACGGCCACAGCACACCACAGAUGGCAGCAACAUUUGCAAAGUUGUGCCGUGCAAAGAGGCUGGUUCUGACUCACUUUAGUCAGAGGUACAAACCAGUUGCCUUGGCCAGAGAAGGAGAAACAGAUGGCAUUGCAGAACUAAAAAAGCAAGCUGAAUCAGUGUUAGAUCUCCAGGAAGUGACUCUAGCAGAAGAUUUUAUGGUGAUAAGCAUUCCAAUCAAGAAAUAAAACCAGUGUUCCUGAGUGCAUACUGACAUGUCUGUGAUAUGUUACUGAACCUAUAGUCCAGCUUUUUAUUUCUUGUUUUAGUCUGAAAUCAUUUGGGCCCUAAUAAUCCUAAAAAGAAUGGAGUUGCUUUGAUGAAUUGACUCAGUAUAAUUAAAGGAAGUAAGCUUUUUGAUAAUAAAUCUUUUUAAGAGGAAAAAACCCCA